CUAGAGAUAUUUAUGAUUGAGAGAAAAGUGGGACCCAAAUGAUCCGAGUCUGAUACGUAAAACUCGCGACUCGGGGGGAUUAACGAAAAACCUCAUCUUCACUGCAUUAACGGUCUCCACUCAUCUCUGUUUCUGCUUCCACUCGCUCCACCAGGAAUGGCCUCUCUUCCGCACGGCAAUGUGAAUUGCCGCUUUUUAUUAGAAAAAGGUGCGAUUCCCCAUGGGAGAAUUUCUGCUUUGCCCUGCUUGCAAACGGGAAGAACAGUGUGUAGAUGUUUCAGGAGAGGAACAAUAAUUUCUCAAUGCUUAUAUGGAAAGAAGAUUUUUUCUUCACCAGAAAAGAGAUUUGGUGGAAAUUUUUUGAAGAAUGAGGGCUUCUCUGUCGCCAGAAGUAGUAGCUCUUCAAACUCUAGUGGAAGUGAGGAUGCCCCAUCUGAUCAGACAGAGAAGACACCAUUUGGAUAUACGAGAAAGGAUGUUCUAUUAAUUGGGCUUGGAGUUACGGUCCUUGGCAUUGCCUUGAAAAGUGGAUUAGAGUUUGUGGGAGUGGAUCCACUGCAAGCUGGGAAUGUGGUUCAAUUGGUGCUGGUUUUGGGACUCACAGUUGGAUGGAUCUCAACAUAUAUCUUUAGAGUUUCAAACAAGGAGAUGACAUAUGCUCAACAAUUACGGGACUAUGAAUACAAAGUGAUGGAGAAACGAUUAGAGGGCCUAACUGAAGCAGAGCUGGAAGCACUACUUGAACAAGUUGAGGAAGAGAAGGGACGCGCAGCGAAUGGAAAACAGGUGAAACAAAGUAACUAGUUUGUGUAUAUAUAUAGUAAACUUUUACCAUAGAAAUUGGAUCAGUAAUUUUAAGCUGUAUGGACAACCUAGUUCAGAUAGAUUUGCUAUGCCUGCUUCGUCUCCCUACAUACAUAAAAUGACUGAACUUUCAAAAGCCUUUGUCACAGUGCUCCAGAAAAUUCCCAUAUGUAAGAAAUUUUGAAAGUUACGAAGGAUUACAUUGCAUAUAACCUAGCAAUGACGGAGGAGGCAGAUGGCAACGUUGCGCUUUGUCUUUGCUUGGUUCACA